CAUGCGCCGAGAGGCAACUUCCGGUGUUAUGGCUAAAAGAAAUAUACGCGGCAUACGGAUAAGUUUGAAUGCUCUGAACACGUAGGGCAGGUUGUGAUGUGACCAAUUGAGAAGACAGAUAACAUAUUGACCAUUCUGCCACUGGGUACAUGUAGCUUAACAAAUGUUAGAACAGAGCUGCUUCAUGUAUCAGACUGCAGUCCUGCAGUGUGUUAUUGCCAUGCUGCUAGUAAGCAGUGUGCUGUCACAAGAUCAGAAAGACUGGAUUGACCCUCAUGACAUGGAGAAAUUUGACAGCAGGAAGGUUGAACGGCAGUUUAGCAAGGAGGAGAGAGGUGAAGUGAAAGCACAACAGGUGCCCUGCCCUAAGAUCAUCAAUGAGUGUGAAAAUAAAUUGGUGAUCUGCAAAGAAGAAAAUGACAAAUUACAACUGGAAAGCCAGUCUUGUGUUAUCCAACCAGUGGAGAUGCCUUAUUUCAGACAGUUUGUGCAAGUCUUGAUCAACUAUAUGGAUCUCAAAAAAUUUCUGCCAGAUGAUGAGACGCUCCACUACCAGAUGCAUGUAAAGCUGACAGCAGCCCAGUUGAAACUUCUCAAGGCCUACGUCUUAAAGUCUGGAACUGUUCAAGAUGCCAGUUCUGUACUAGGGGAGAUGAUUCAAGAUGUGAAAAUAGUGUCACACACUGAAGAACCAUGGGUCACUAGGGAGGAGGUGACUGCAUAUUUAGUGAUGGCAUUACAGGUGGUGUCUAUUGUAUUUCUUGCUGUUGGUAGUCUGAAGGUUUUCUAUACUCUCAGUGUGUCAGGGAUGAGGCUUAUGAUUCUUCUCAGCAUAUUCAUUAGUGUUCCCUGGAACUGGGUACAUUUAUACAAGGUUGCUGUGGCCAAAAGAAUGAGCGAAGCAAUGAAAGACAUUCCGGAAGCAUGUCGCCCAAGAGACCUCACCUGGCAGCACAACUUAUUUGAAUGGCUUAAAUCUUCUUUUACCUUUCAAGAUGAUGAAUGUGCUCUUUACCAUGAAAAUCUCUUAGUUGACCCACUGUGGGAGGUAACCCCCACUAAGGCUGUGGCUGUGACACUAACCAAGUUCUUCCUAGAACCAGUAGAGUAUAUAGCACAGGCUAUAAGCAAAUUUUUCCGUGGACUCCUACAUGAUUUGCCUGCUCAACUGUGGCCAGUGGUGCUGGGAAUAGUGGUACUGUUUCUCUUGGUGUUUAUGGUGCUGACUUUGAUCAUGAAGAACGGGUACAGGCUAGGAUUUCCAUUUGGACUCUUGAGACUGGAACCUACUGGGAUACCUGAUAGUGCUGCUGCACAGGCAUUAUGGAGGGAGCAGAAGCAAAUGAUAGAAGAUUUACAAUCUGCCUUGCAAAAACUACAACCAGCCAAUAUUAGAGCCAUAACAGUGAACAAAGAAACCAAAGAGAAAAUGGCUAUUGCUGCUUAUGAUCAAAAUACAACCAAAAAUACGACCAAAGAUAGUAUUGUCAGUCAGGAAGAGAAUCUAGAAAGUGAAUCUAGUUCUCCAGUGGAAACUGUUGGAAACAUAAAAGAGGCAGAUUCUUGACAGAAUGCAUAAUAAAAAUCUAAAAAAUUUGUCUUUGAUUUCAUGUCCAAUACUUGACAGAUUUGCAGGACAAACACAUCAUGCUCAAGAAAUAGUUUUGUAGGAAAAUUGCUAAAGAAUCAAAGUACCAUUAAAACACAGCAGGUAUUUAUGCUUUGUAAUAACACACGUUAUUAUUUUUUUAACUGGAAUAAUUUAUAUGUAACAGACUGAGACAGAUACACUUCUUCAUGAUGACAUAAUUUUGCAAUAUGUCUAAGUAUUAUCUCAACAGCAUGCACUGGUGGUUACGUAAAUGUUGAAUCUAAGUUGAAGUGCAGACGUUUAUAAAAUCUUUUUCAACACUGAAAUUAGUAUGAGUUGAAAUACAAAAAACGAUUCUCAUCACAAGAAUCGGUGAAAGAAUGAUUAUUAUUAUUAUUAUU